CAAAGAUAAGAUGUGUGUGGGAGAGCUUUGGUUAUGGCGCGACGUUGAGUGUGUUACAAAAUUAGAAUGUACAUUUUUGCUUUUGUAUUUUUGGGAUGUGUAGAAUGCAUUUUAUCGAUUCAAUAAAAUAUCCAUACGAUAAGGAGUAUUGUGUAAUGUGGACUGGCGGUACUGUAAGAACCACUAACUGUAGUGUGUGUGAUUUGUUUUAACCUGUGUAGGUCCAUCAUUUCAGUCUUAAAAGUUUUUGUCAGGAACCAUAAGUUUUCGUGUGAGAUCUCAACACGUUAUGCUGUGUGAUUAUCUGCCUUGUUGUGUUAUUGAUGGGGAUUUUGUGCAUGGAUUGACCGUCUGAGCAUCAACUGAAAAUCAUGUGAACUUUCUACUGAAGCUGCCAUAAAGGACACACAUUACACAGAUUUAUUUGGACAGGAUAUUCAACAUGGAGAGCCUCAGCACUGUUGGUACCUACAACUUGAGUUUCAGAGAAGUGCUACCCCACAGAACAACAGCUGAAAAGUGGAAAGAGAUCACAGUAAAUGUAGGAAGUUCACAAAGCACUUUGAGGGACAUAAAAGUACCAGAGAAGUCGGGGGGCUACUCAUAUAAAGACGUUAAUGGUACAUUUACGAGAAAUAGAUUUAUAUACUGGCGCAUCUGUCAUGAUGUCCUUGAAAUUGCAGAAAAUAGUUUGGAUUUUAAUUUAGCUGGUGACAGUGUGCGUUACAAGUUUCAAAAUUCUCCAAUACUGGAAGGAAUUUCCAUUUUUGAGACAAAAUCACGUGUUGUUAUAUUAGUGACAACAGUCUCUAGUGUGCAUAAGCUGUCUUUCCCACAUCCAAAUGAGAUGUAUAGUGUGGAUUAUAUUACUAAACAUCAUCCUGAUUUAUCACUUAAGUCCAUUUUCCAUGAUGCCUCACUGAGUGCAGCAAAAGAUCCCAGUACAUUUUAUGUUAUUGAUCAUACAACAACAAAUUCACCAUUGCCCCACUGUGCUGCGUCUCUGUUUACAAUGAACAAAUCAUGUUUAUUUGCGUUAGCUUAUUCAACGGGGACUAUCACGCUGGUUGAUAUGGACAAAAACGGUGAAGUAGAUUUAAAAGAAAUAAAAGAGACUUCAAUUUUUCCUCGAUUUUUGAAGGGAAUUCUGCGUGGUAAAACUGCCUACGAAAUGGCUGUGAGUAUGGUACUACACGCAUUUGAUGUUGACUAUGGCCUAUUUAGCCUUCAUCGAGAUGGUGUUCUCCGAAUGUGGUCGUGCAACAGCUCGGACUGUCUUGCAGAAAUUGAUAUUGCUUCUAAUAAAACAGUUAAUGGUGUGCGACCCACAGAAGGUGUGCAGCCUCAUAUUAUGAAGAAGACUUCUGGCAUAGAUGAAGGUGUCUGUACACUUUGUGUUUACCUUAACUUUUCUCAGUUCUCUGAAGUGCAUUUAAUAAAGCUGGUAAACCGAGAAGGGACAUUUGUCUUUGAAAAUGUAUUUGUUAUUGAUGCUCUGCCACAUGAUUUAAUUGAUCUUUCCAUAGGAUCACAGCGCAUAUGGGCUCUGUGGCGUACAACAGAAGGUAACACACUUGUAUCGAGCAUCGUACUGAACUACAAAGAUCAUGGCUGGCAAUUUUCUUUAUUAGAAAAAUUGCCGAGUAUUGAAGCGUGUGUAUCUGCUGGCAUGGAUAUUGCGGAAGAGUGUCUGAAUUACAUAUUUUAUCCGGGAAGAUUUCCUCUGUCUGUCAUUACAAAAGCUGUGACCAUUUUUCGCCGUAGCACAGUUACUGCUUCUUAUUCUUUGUCACUGAGGCGGCUGAAACAGAUUGUUAUAUUAGCAAUUGAGGCUGAAAUUGAUAAAGAUCCACUGAACAAGGAGCUCAAUGACAUUGAUAAAUUGGACUUGGUGUACCAGACGUGGCUACGUUUUUAUUCUUGCUGUGUUCAGCUAUAUGAGGCACAUACUCGUCCACUUGGUUUGUUACCUUUACAUAGUUCUGGAAUAGUGCUAGUCAAGAAACAGGAAUAUUCCCUAUUGAGACCAAUGGAAACAUUAGAAUACAUGUUACUGGCAGGAUCGGAAUUAAUAGCCAAACAGACAUUUCACCUUCUUCCUCCAGAGCGAAAACAAUAUGAUGUCAUGCAGGACUUGAUUCUUUUGAUGUCAGUAUUGAUCGCAUUAGAAGAGAGGCUACCUGAAGAUAUGAAAGAGCAUUUCAUGGAGCAAAUGCAGCAACAAAAGAGUCCAGACCAGGUGGCAGAAGCUAUGUUACACGAACUCACUGCAGAACGAGCUGUGUAUGACAAUGACUUCUUAAUAAAUAUUGGAAAGAAAUUGAAUGGGAUAAAAAAUUUGUAUUCCACACUUGUGUUGCUCAUUGAUACUCUCACACUGAAACAAUGUUCUUUGAGAGGGGAAGCAUAUGAGAAUACGAAGGAGGCAUUUAGAGAUUUGGGGCCAUCUCUCAAAUAUGUGUACAGCAGCAGUCUGGCAGUGCCUGCAAUAGCAAUGAGCUUGCACCAAUUUGUUACUGUCAGGUAUUCAAUUUGCAGGAGCCUUCUUUUGCUCCAGCAGUUAUUACUGUGUUACCACAAGAAAUUGCUGUUCAAAAUAGUGGAUUCACAAUAUGCAGAUGUCUUGCAUAAUUCCUUGGUCCCCAGUGUGGUGUUGGCUGCACAGUCAUAUUUUGUUCUGCUGUGGGCAUGUACUACGACUAUUAUGUUUGGAGGCCCUCCAUCGUCAGCUCAUGACAGUUAUUUUACAUCUGAAGCAAGCACCUCUCUGUCCCGUUCCUCUUCAUACCAGAGAACUGUCACGGUGCUGGAAGCAUAUUUGCAGCAGUGGAACAAUACAGUGCCAGCAAGAACGUGGUUGGAUUACUGGGCAAUUGAAGACUUUUCCAUGUGGCACAGUUCAAUGCUAGCAUAUACAACGUUAUUGUGUCAGCAGUUAUGGCCAGUGUGGAAUAACUUUGAUCUUCCAAACUUCCUGUUAUCAGUGGGACAGUGUACACUGGUACAACAGUACAUGCGACUUCUGGACAGCUGGUGUGAAUCUUAUGCAAGUUCUCGGAAAUAUCUGCAUGGACUGGCAUUAUUACAGCUUGGUCAUCAUCACAAGGCACUUGAUUGCCUCGUGCAGGCAUCUGCUGGCAUGGAAGAUGCUGUCUUCUUGGAGUUGAUUGACUGCCAGAAUGCAGAUCCAGAACGACUACAGGUGCAGUACUACUUAAAUCUGAUUAAGAAGUUUGAGAUGGAAAAGCAUUGGGAUAGUGUAAUAAACUUAGCUACAAUUGGUCUUAGCAAAGCUAAAACAAAUGAAGACAUAUGUACAUUUCAGUCUAUAAUAUUUUUACAACACAUGAAACUGGGACAUUAUGUUGAAGCAUUUUAUAUACUUCCACAAAUGCCAGUUUCUGUAUGUCGUCAUGAUUGUAUGCGACAAGCUAUCGUCACUUUGACAGAAAGAAAUCAUUUUGAUUAUCUUCUGGAGUUUCCUUGCCAGGAUAUGUACUCAGAAUUUGAGAGUAUUCUCUUAUCAAGAGCACGAACUAUGGAUUUACAGGAUUCUCCAUACUACAACUUCAUGUAUUCCUUCUUCAUCAAAAGGGGACAGCUAUGGGAUGCAGCCAAAGUAAUGUAUGAACAAGGAUUUCGCCUAGGACGUGAAGGAGAUGGAACUCUCUCAACUAUAGAAACACAAAGUCACUGCUAUUUAGCUGCAAUUAAUAUCCUCUCACUUCUUGAUGAAGAUGUGGCGUGGGUUGUGAAGCCUAUUGAAAAAGUCCCAAUGGGAAAUGGAUUAUUGGACACAGAAUUAGAUGAACUAGAAGAGGCACUUGGUGAAGAACAGGAACAUGAAGUACAACUCGAAGAGUCACAUGAAGAAUUGAAAGAAGAAACUAUAGAUGAUGCCAUUGAGGUGAAACUGCAGGAAGAUGUGUGUGAUCAGCAGAGGAAGGUAAAUGAGGUGCCUCAACAAGAACAGGAAAAUGACAAAGAUGUGGAAAUUGUGGGAGAAGUAAAAGAAAGGCUUACCAAGGAGGAGAGGUGCAGGAGAGCUCUAGCUGUUAUGGAGGAAUUUGAGAGAGAACUUGAAGAAGAACUGGAAAAAGGUGUCGAGGAAGAGAUGAAAGAUGAGGAAAUGUUAAAAUGUGAAAGGAAAGAUAAAGUACAGCUGUUAACUGUUAAUGAAGUGCGUAAGGAAUAUAAGGUAGUUAUGGCAAAAAUAAGACUGAUGAAAUUCUGUCCCAGAGAAUACUCCAACAUGGCGCCUGGUUUGGGAGUAAAUGACUUUGUGGCAGUGCUAACUAGUGUUGGGUUAUAUGAAUUAGCACUUGAACUGUGUGAUACUUUUUCUCUCUCCAUGCAGUCAGUAUUUGAGGCACUCACCAUGACCUGUAUUUCACUGUCAACAUUGCGGCGUUACACCACUGAGGACUUGGAUUAUGCUUGGCAGUGGUUACAUGAAAAUGGUGUGUCAAACAUUGUGGUCAGUGAGCACAAUAUAGUAAAUCUUGCUUGGGGCCUAUUGGAAACUUUGUGUGAAAAAUAUGAAGGACAAGAUGACACACAGCUACACAAGGCUAUUGCUGAAAGAUUAUUGCUACUUGAUAUGCAAAUACCUCACUGGAUUCAGGAUUACUACUGUCAGUAUAACCCCACGGAAUACCUUCGACUACUUUUACGUUAUGGUCAGUUUGAGAAUGCUGCUGCUUUGGCUGAAAAAUAUUUGCAGACAGCUAUGGGUGUCAGCCACCACAGAUUUGGCAUGAAGCACACACUUCGUGAUGCUCCAUUUCCAACAUAUGUUCCUAUUCAUCUGAUAGAUGUGCUUUUGUUAGAAAUGGAUGGAAAUCAAAGACUUCAAGAAGCAUUUGAAAGUUUAACUAAACUUAAAGACCAAUACAUAAAAACAGUGACAAGUGAGAAUAUUACAUUGUUCCAGCGAAGGCGGAAUGAGGAGUGAAUUUUAUGAAGUUCAGCAACUAAAUUGAUGAUAAAAUGUGCUGCUACACAUAAAAACCUGUGCUGCACACAGCACCAUUUAGAAGGUGUUUUUAUUCAUCUCAUGAGGAGAAAAUCAGACAUUUUGUUUUGUACACUUUUUACAGUUAUUUUUCAAGUGAUAGCCCAAGUGGCAGUUUUAAGUAAAUGUCUUGUUGAAGUUUUUGUAUAUUAAAUUAAUGAAAUUUGUUGUGUAUUUAUUUCAUGUGUAGUGAACAGUGGAAGAAACCCAUUUUAUCACGUACUUAAUCAAAUGCAGUGACCACUGGAACCGAGUAUUGUGUAAUAGAAGUUUUUUAAACAUUUUCUCUACUUUUAAAGAACAUCCAUACCAGAAGUGCGACUGUUCAAAUGAUGAUAUAUUUUUGUACAUUGUUUUGUACUUGGUGCUGAAAUAAAUUAGUUACUGCUAUCUUUGUUAAGAAAAGAAUGGUGGGAGAAAAGUUCCAAGAUGAA